UCAGACGUCUGUGUGUCCAGCCAUCAAAAGUGACCUGAAAAGCAGCAUUGACAGUGACCAGGUGCUCAGGAAGUUUAUGCUUGUAAGAUCUGAUGACUCCCCACCAAGAAUCCUACCAGUUUCCUUGUAACCUUUGCCCAUGACAAUUCAAGAUGAGUGUUACACGCUGGCGAAAGAGAUCUGCAUCUGGGGCCUUCCACUGAGCAACCCAGAGAUUGCCAGACUUGCUUUGCUUCUGGAAUCGAAGGGGCACACCACCUGCCCGUUUACCACCCUAGAAAUCAUUGAUUGCAAAAUGGAUCUGUGGUCUCUAGAGCGACUUGGGAAGGCUCUGCAGUUCAGUAGUUUGCCUUCUCUUGUCCUCGAUUACUGCAAAUUUGGAAAGGAAGAACUUGAGAGCAUUUUCUCAGGCCUGGAGAACAACCAAAGGCUUCAAGGCCUCAGUCUGCGUUAUUGUGGUCUGGGACCUCAGAGCGGGCUAAGGCUGGGUUCGGUCAUCAGCCAGAGUGCCAUUUGCGAGCUGUACCUUGAAGGCAAUUACUUGGAAUGUUCUGGAGCACUGGCUCUUCUCAGGCCCAUAGCAGACUUUGCAGAGACACAGGAGAAAGACCGGCUGACCCCAGGCUCACCAGACGCUGGAAAUCCCCCUCAGCGGCUCCAAGCCAAGCAGAGAGGAAGUUCAACUUUGAACCAGAUUACAAGAUCGUCUGAAGCUGUAACAGUGAAAACUACUUCAGGGAAGAAAAAGAGAAAAAAAGGAAUCAAGAAGAAAAUUGAAAGUCUGAUGGAAGCUGGUCCUUGGUUAGUGAAGUUGCAUUUGGCAGAUAAUGGCAUAGAUGGAAAAGGAAAAGAAGGAGAAAAUGGUUUGUUGGAAUUCAUUCAAACUUUAACAUGCCUGAUCAAAUACUCUGCCCACUUAAGGGAAAUUGACCUUGGAAACAAUGUUCUGGGAGAAAUGGCUGCUGCUGAAAUACUUGAAGCGCUGAGAGCCAGAAAGACAGGUAAACUACCGGUCUUAAAAAUUACAGUCACUCCCCAGAUCUCUUCAGAUACCUUCAGAUCAAUUUGGAAAAACAGCAAGAAGUCUAAUACUAUCCGUAAAAAGAAGAAAAAGACUAAAAACUGAAUAUGGG